AUGUCUUCAUAUUCUUCUCAAACUUCAGCAGAACAGGUAGCACAGGAUUGCCAUAAUGCCAUUGCCAACAAGACUGUGCUCGUGACUGGCGUUAGCCCAGGUGGUCUUGGUGCCGAGUUUGCAAAGGUUAUUGCCAUUCACGGCCCUUCCCUCCUUAUUCUUGCUAGCCGCGAUAUGGCCAAAGCUCAGCAGACAGCCCAGGAGAUCGCAGACAUUGCGCCAAGAAUACCCACCCGUCUCCUUGAACUAGAUCUGCACUCUCAGGCCCAAGUCCGAAUCGCCGCUAAGGAAGUUCUGGCAUACAAGGAGGAUAUAGAUGUUCUGGUCAACAACGCUGGUGUCAUGGCAUCACCGUUCUCGCUAACGGAUGAUGGGAUCGAGAGUCAAUUUGCCACCAAUCACGUUGGGCAUUUUCUCUUCACCAAUCUGAUCAUGGAAAAGCUAGUACGUCCUGGAAAGCCUUGCCGAGUUGUGAAUGUGUCUAGCAACGGCCACCUGCUGAGCUCAGUCAGGUUCCAUGACUGGAAUUUUGACGAAGGCGAAAACUAUGACCCCUGGCUAGCCUAUGGCCAAAGCAAGUCGGCCAACAUGCUCUUCUCUAUGUCUCUAGCACAAAAGCUGGGGAGCAAAGGCCUGACCUCAGUCAGCCUACAUCCUGGUACUAUUGAGACGAAUCUGGCGAGAGGAGACUGGGAUGAGAUGUAUAAAUCACUCGCGAAAUGGUUCACAGUGCUCGGGUACUUCCGGAGUGGGCAAAGAGAGAUAACCUGGAAGUCUAUGUCGCAAGGUGUGGCGACGCAUGUAUUUGCCGCAUUUCAUUCAUCUAUCUCCGCCGAUGAGAAUAAUGGAGGCUUUGUUCAAGACUGUGCAGUAGUUAAGCCAGAGGAGGUGCGCAGCUGGGCCCGGGAUGAGAUCGAGGCAGAACGACUGUGGAAGCUGACUGAAGAUAUCGUUGGUGAAACUUUUGAGUAUUGAAAAUGGUAAAUGUGGUACAUGAUAAGGUAGCAGAGUUGAUGUAUUGGGUUGAACAUGCACUUUCUCUGGUGCUGAUACUCCUUCGGUAUUUUGCUGUGCCUUUCCUUGAUAGCAUCAACUUGUGAUCAUUGCCUGAAAACCCCUGUCUUGUAGAUACUUAGUAACGUGUAAUCCAUGUUGCUAGCAUAGCAUUCGCCGUCAGUUGACGUCCGACUUGGCCUGCCCAAAGAUAAUAAUGUAAGAGUGCUUGAUGAGCUUGGUGCUAAAGAACGCAAGUGAAAG